ACGAUCGUCAUUAGAAUUUUCCUUAUUAUUGUAUGAGUGACGUCUGAUUGGGUUACUGCUGUCAGCUGAUGCAACAUUAUUUAGAGCGCCUUGGAUGGGUUUCUCGCUCUCUCUCAUUCAUUCCUUAUCACGCAGUCAGCAUGCAGGUGAUUCCGGGUCACUGAGAGGUCAUGCUGACGGAGUGUGUGUGUGUUGAGAGCGCACUGCGUACUUGUUGCUUUGAGUCCGUUUUUUGUAGCUCAAUAUGUGUUUUCGUGCUGCGUGGUCUUGCUCUGAGGUAGUGGCAGUGUUCUUUGAAGUUGGUCACGGCAUCGAAAGUGCGAGUAUGUUUUUGAUGCGGACGUUGAAGCGGCAACAUUUAUGAAUGGAAGAGUUUAUGAUUUUGGCGGAGGUUGUAUUUGCGAUGCAUGGUGAACGUAUUAUGCGCUCGGGUUUGUUUGUGGAGUGAGGCGCGGGUUUAUUUUGUUUUUUGGCGCUCGAGUUGCCUAUUUGUUUUGGGUUUUUUCUUUCUUUUUGUUUGAAUGUUUGAUCACUAUCGUGAUCGGGAUUUGUGUUGCUGUUUUCUGGGCCCAGUAGCAUCGACGGGUGAUCGGAGAGCUUUGGAAGAAUCUAGGGUAGGAGAAAAAACAUUACAGGAAGAAGUAUGCAGCUUGAGGAAGGAGCUACUUGCCAUGCAAACUUCGCUUGAUUCCUUUAUGCAGCAGAGGAUCUCACUUGACACCAAAGUAGAUGAAAAGGUUCAUGUUUCUGGGUCUCAGGUAUGUUCAAAUACAUCUUCACAUGUAGACUCUAGUGAGUCCAUUAGUCAACCUGCUCUUUCAAAUUUGGCUUGUGGGCGUAUUCCGCCUAUUAAAAUGGUAUUUCCUACAUUUGGAGGAGUAAAUGAUGAGUCUGAUCCUGUUAUUUAUUUGGAGAGAUGUAAUGACUUCUUAGCUCUAAGACCAAUGUCAAACAGUGAGAUACUUGCCACCAUGCGUAGUGUUCUGCAUGCCUCAGCCCGAGAUUGGUGGGAGACUGUAAGAUUUAAAAUUAAUUCUUGGGAAGGUUUUCAGAAGGCUUUUUUAGCGGUUUUCCUCCCAGAGGAUUAUCAGGAUGUGCUCGAAGAAAAAGUGCGUAAUCGACUGCAAGGGACAAAUGAAAGUGUUCGAGACUUUGCUUUUUCAUUUCAAGCUUUAUUUAAACGCUGGAAAAAAGAAGCUACUGAUACUGAAGUUUUGAAAGCUCUUUUAAAAGCGAUGAAUCCUUGUUAUGCUAGUCAACUUCGUGGCCGUGCACAGACUGUAGAGGAACUGGUGAGAUUAGGAACACAAUUAGAGAGAGAUUAUGAUCAUCAAAUAAAGUACAAUCAGUUACAGUUACCUAAGAGUUCUUUUCUUGACCAGCAUUUGUCUAAAAAAUCAAAAGGGGUAGAAGUAAAAUCAAACUUACCUCCAGAACAAAGUUUGACUAGUUUGCUUUGUUGGCGAUGUCAUGAAAAUCAUUCCCCAGGUUCUUGUUCCAAGUUUAAGGCUGUCCUGAGUGGAAAGCAAACUGGUGGACAAUUUCAAGGAACUAAAGAGUUCCAACCUCAAAAUCAGCAACGAGGUAUGCUGUCUGCUUAUGAUACUCAGCGCUUUGUAAAAAAAGAUGUGUCAUCUGGUAGGAAGCUGGAUAAGAGAGAUGGUAUUAAAAUUCUUCGUCAGUUGGUUAUCCCCAUGAUGGUUCGGAACUGUAGUGGUAAAGCACUUGUUGAUACAGGAGCUACUUAUACAUUGCUCAACGUCGAUUUAUGGAAUAAGAUAAAAGAACCCAAUGAGCGACUAGAUGUAUGGCAUGAGGGACCACUUUAUCUAGCUAAUGGCGAUGCUACUGUUCCUCUUGGCCAAAAAGUACUGGACUUCUAUUUGCAGGAUUUGCAUUUCCAAGUUCCAACUGUAGUUCUGCCAGCUCAGAACCUUGUGUAUUCAAUGGUUUUGGGUUUAGAUUUUAUCGCACUGACUGGGUUGCAACUGAACAUUAAAGAUCAACUGUACAGUUUUUCAGAUGAUCCACAAGGUCGGGUUUUCCCUUUCCAACCGCCUAUUACACCAGGGGACUCUUGGAAGUGUUGUAAACCACCUGGUAACUAUAAUCCAUCUGCUUCUUUGUAUUCUGCUAUACCUCCUGUUCAGUUUGUAUGUACAGCAAACGAAUGUGUGGAUAAGAGUGAUGUGGGAGAGUCUGGUUCUGUAUUGAUGGAGCUUUUGCAAAGUAAAAUCAAGGAGAGCAAUCUUUCAGAACGUGAGUCUCAUGUUCUGUUUACUCUUUUGUAUGACCAUCCUGAUGUUUGUACUCCUAAUUUGGGUAGAACCCAUCUUGUCCAGCAUAAGAUUGCGGUUUCAACAGAUGUUGUUGUAGCUCAAAAACCAUACAGGCUACCCAUACACAAAAAGGAGAUUGUAAAGGAACAAAUUGAUGAUAUGCUCAAUCAAGAUAUCAUCCAGCCAUCUCAUUCACCCUGGGCAUCUCCUAUUGUGUUAGUUCCUAAAAAAGAUGGAGGGCAGAGAUUUUGUGUUGAUUAUCGUAAACUGAAUGCAGUCAGUGAAAGCGACGCAUUUCCUCUUCCCACAGUGAAUGAGAUCUUGGAGUCCCUUUCUGGGUCAGGGAUAUUUAGUACUCUGGAUUUAAAUAGUGGAUAUUGGCAGGUGUCCAUGCAUCCAGAUAGUAUGGCCAAGACCGCUUUCGUCUCACCUUUUGGCCUAUAUGAGUUUAAGGUGUUACCUUUUGGCCUGAAAAAUGCACCGGCCACAUUUCAAAGGCUUAUGAAUAGAGUCUUGGCUGACUAUCUGGGGCAGUGUUGUUUAGUGUAUCUAGAUGACAUAGUUGUCUAUUCGGCUAACUUUCACCAACAUGUCCUAGACCUCCAGAAAGUUUUGAGAUGUUUGCAGAGAGCAGGACUAACUCUCAAACUUCCAAAAUGUCAUUUCUGUUUAACAGAGAUCAAGUUUCUUGGCCAUAUUGUGACUACUGAUGGUGUAAAGGCAGACCCUGCUAAAACAGAAGCUAUUCAGAAUUUUCCAGUCCCAACAAAUUUAAAGGAACUCCAACGGUUUCUGGGAAUGAGUGGGUGGUACCAUAGGUACGUUCAAAAUUUUUCAGAUAUUGCCGAACCACUUAAUGCUCUAAAGAAGAAAGGAGUUCGUUUUCAGUGGACAGCUGAGUGCCAGGUAGCGUUUGACUGCCUCAAAAGGCAUCUUUCCUCACCACCUGUACUUGGACACCCAAAUCAUGCCCAUACAUUUGUAGUUUAUACUGAUGCCAGUUCAACCGGCUUGGGUGCUGUUCUUGCUCAACGACCCUCCACUUUUGGUGCAUCUGAGGAGGUGUUGGCGUAUGCUAGCCGUACUCUGACAUCAGCAGAGAAAAACUAUUCUACAACUGAGCGGGAGUGUUUAGCAGUGGUUUGGGCUGUAGAACGGUGGCGGCAUUAUUUGGAGGGAAAAUCCUUCAUUGUAGUCACUGAUCAUGCUUCUCUUCUUUGGGUGUUCAACACUACAAAAACAAAUUCCCGACUGAUUCGCUGGGCUUUGAGACUACAGGAGUUUGAGUUUAUUCUGGAGUAUCGUAAGGGGAAGCUUAAUAGCGCCCCAGACGCUUUGUCUCGGAUUGACGUUCCUGAUUCUUGUCCAAUGGUAGCUUCCUAUGUUCCUAAGCAAAGUACAGAGAGUAUAGUGUCACUAUUUCCUCUUUGUGAUGAGGAUAUCUGGAUUGCACAGCAACAAGAUGUAGAAAUCCAAAGGAUAUAUCAGAGCUUAGCAGAAGGAAAGCAGAGUGAUGAGGGAUCUGGCUCUGAGUUUGUCAUUUUAGAGGAUAAGGUCUAUAGGAAGGUGUCUAAUCCUACAAAGGGAACUCAUUUUCAGAUUUAUGUUCCACAGACUCUCAGAGAAAUUUUGUUGGAGGCAUAUCACUCCAAUCCAUUGAGUGGUCAUUUUGGGCGUUAUAAAACUCAAAAAAGGUUAAUGCAAGUUGCCUUUUGGCCUAAUAUGUGGAGAGAUGUAUCUGACUUUGUGAAGAACUGUACUAGUUGUCAGCAGAAUAAACCAGAGUGUCGUAAGCCUGCUGGAAAACUUCAGCAAACUGAAGUGAAGGAGCCUUGGGAAAUGCUUGGUGUGGACCUUAUGGGGCCACUGCCUCGUAGUACCCUGGGUAACACUCAAUUGUUAGUUGUUGUGGACUAUUACAGUCACUGGGUUGAGAUGUUUCCUCUUCGCAAAGCUACUGCUGGAGUGAUUGCCCAGACACUUAGGAAGGAAGUACUGACUCGAUGGGGUGUUCCAAAGUUCCUACUAUCUGACAGGGGACCUCAAUUUACAUCUGAGAUUUUGAAGGAUCUGUGUAGCAGAUGGGGAGUGGUACAAAAAUUAACAACAGCAUAUCAUCCCCAAACUAAUUUUACGGAACGUGUGAAUCAGGUAAUUAAAGUCAUGAUCUCCUCUUAUGUGUUUGGUGAGCAUAAUCGGUGGGAUCAUUACUUACCAGAGUUGAGAUAUGCCAUCAACUCUGCUGUUCAGGAGAGUACUGGAUACUCCCCAGCAGAGUUGUUAUUGCACAGAAAUCUGAGAGGACCUUUUGAACUUGUGUUAGAGCCUCACCAGACUGGUCUUAGGGUUCUUAAAGACUUGCAGGAAGUGGUAAAAAGAAAUGUGCGUAGGGCUAAGGAAAAACAGAAGCGUUUGUAUGAUACGAGACGAAGAGAUGUGCAUUUCACAAGAAAUGAUAGAGUUUGGAUGAGAGCACAUCCUCUUUCUAAGGCUUCUCAAGCAUUUGCAGCUAAAUUCGCAGCUAGAUGGAUUGGGCCUUAUCGAAUUGUGGAAAAGCUUGGUCCGGUGAACUACCGGAUUGUUCGGGAGGAUAAUGGGGAAGAUUUACGUACAGUUCAUGUAUGCAAUUUAAAACCUGCAUUCCCCUCCGCAGGGGAAUUAGAUCGUAGAGAGAGAGAAAGGGUCCUGAAAAUUUUUGUCGAAGAGUCAGAAGAUGAGGAAUUUCUCGGAUUUGAAUAGUCCUGAGAUCCAGUAAUCACUUAACUGAUUUCCAUAUUUAUAGAUCAGAUUAUUUGGUGAGUAGAGUUAUUGGUAUGGAAAGCUGUUGAGUGUCUUUUUAUUGCUGCAUAAUUUUUAGGUCUUAAAAAACCCCUAAAGAUUUCUUGUAAGUAACUUAUAGAUCACAACCUCUUUAAGUUUGACUGAUCUUUUUCCAUGGGGGGGAGAGUGUGACGAUCGUCAUUAGAAUUUUCCUUAUUAUUGUAUGAGUGACGUCUGAUUGGGUUACUGCUGUCAGCUGAUGCAACAUUAUUUAGAGCGCCUUGGAUGGGUUUCUCGCUCUCUCUCAUUCAUUCCUUAUCACGCAGUCAGCAUGCAGGUGAUUCCGGGUCACUGAGAGGUCAUGCUGACGGAGUGUGUGUGUGUUGAGAGCGCACUGCGUACUUGUUGCUUUGAGUCCGUUUUUUGUAGCUCAAUAUGUGUUUUCGUGCUGCGUGGUCUUGCUCUGAGGUAGUGGCAGUGUUCUUUGAAGUUGGUCACGGCAUCGAAAGUGCGAGUAUGUUUUUGAUGCGGACGUUGAAGCGGCAACAUUUAUGAAUGGAAGAGUUUAUGAUUUUGGCGGAGGUUGUAUUUGCGAUGCAUGGUGAACGUAUUAUGCGCUCGGGUUUGUUUGUGGAGUGAGGCGCGGGUUUAUUUUGUUUUUUGGCGCUCGAGUUGCCUAUUUGUUUUGGGUUUUUUCUUUCUUUUUGUUUGAAUGUUUGAUCACUAUCGUGAUCGGGAUUUGUGUUGCUGUUUUCUGGGCCCAGUAGCAUCGACGGGUGAUCGGGUAAGCAAAUGUUUCUUCUUUGAUUUAUAUUGUUUUGGUUAACUUGUAUAUGUGUAUGUAUGUCCAAAAGAUUUAAUGAGAUGGUAGAGUAACCAUAUGAAUGUGCAUUGCGUUCACGAUUGCUUCAACGUGCACAAAUGGAAAAUCUACUUUAGCGUAUACGAAUUGAGAGACAUUUCAAGUGCAUUGAUUACCCGUUUACUUCAGCGUGCACAAAUGGAAAAUCUACUUUAGCGUUUACGAACUGAGAGACAUUUCAGAGUGCAUUAAUUACCCGAUUACUUCAGCGUGCACAAAUGGAAAAUCUACUUUAGCGUAUACGAACUAAGAGACAUUUCAAGUGCAUUGAAUGUGCAAUUGAUUCAGCGUGCACAAAUGGAAUAUCUACUAUGUGUAAAGUGUACAACUGAGUUCUAUAAGUUCUUGAAUGUGUGAUUGAUUUGAUUUGAACUUAAAAUAUUAUGUUUGUGGGAAUUUGAUUAAUAUUGGUUGUUGUAUAUUUAGAAGUGGUUUAUUUGAUUUAUUUCUUUAUGGUUGGUUGAUGUAUCACCCGUUGAUGGUUUUGUUUGUAAAAGGUAAUUAAAAGGUAUUGUGCCUGGGCCUGGAAAUUUAAGUUUGUUUGGUUUAUAGAUUUACUUACAAUGUGUUGAAGUUAAAGUUUGUUCUUUUUGUUUUCUUCUUUAUUAAUUCAUUGAUCUGUUGCAUGAUUGAAUAUCUGAUUUGGUUUUUAUUAAAUCAUGCAUCUGUUGAAACUUAAA